AUGGAUAUCCAAGUAGAGAACUACUCAGAACGGAAUCUGGCUAAUGACUCAAAGAGACAGCAACCAAAAGGCAAGGGCAUGGAAAGCUCCGUUUUACUAUUUGAACAGCAAAUACCCAAUGUGGAAUUAAACCUUCAUAAUGCUUCUCAGGAUCAUCAAGGGAAUGACAAGAAUGACAACUGCAAAGGUUCAAAAUCACCUCCAGAGAAGCUCAUUGCUGGGAUCCUGGGAGCCAUCUGUCUCACCUUGUACACUGUAGUUAGAACAAUACAGUUUCUUCCCGCUACUGUAAUACCAGAGCAGAACAAUUUCCCCUUGACAACAGGGAUCCAGGAAGCAUAUCAUCGUGGUCAUUGUCCAAAGGAGUGGUUGACAUAUUCCAACAAUUGUUAUUACAUUGGCACUGAAAGAAAAGCAUGGAAUGAGAGUAAGAUGGCCUGUGCUUCUAACAAAUCUAACCUGCUUUAUAUAGAUAGUGAAGAAGAAAUGAAUUUUUUGGAGACCUUCAGAACUCAUUCAUGGAUUGAACUCUCCCACAGAACCAAUAAUAGUUUGUUUGUGUGGCCAAAUGGCUCAACAUUCUCUUCCAAACUAUUCUCAAUAUCUUCAGAGAUGAACAAGAAUUGUACAAUAGUGUUGUUUGACUCACACCGGCUUUAUUCUGAAUCCUGUUUAGAAAAAAAACUAUAUGUUUGUAAGCAACAGAUACUUUGCCUUAUCUAAAGUUGGUAUAAUGCUAAUCUGUAAAGAACAUAUUUUUAAUUUUUUAAA